AUGGAACCCCGAAUCCGAAACUCGUCGCUGACUCCUGGAGAGCUUCUCUUUGAGCCCGAGCCGCAAGUCAUAUUUUUCGUCGACUUCGCGCCUUUCAAAACAUAUGAGUGUGUCUUGAGGCUGAGGAACCGGGACUCUGUGGCUCGGAGAGUCCAGGUUUUGCAGCCAGAAGCACGCGCGUUUGAGAUUCUUCCAGGCAAGGGGGGGAUUGGUCCAGCAUCUCCCAAGGUUGCACCCGGGAUGACAACAUGCUUCACAGUUAAGUUCAGCCCAGAUGCGCGUGAAGAUUACAUUUCAGAGCUGAUCGUCGUUACAGAACGAGAGAAGUUUGUCGUUCCUCUUCGCGCCAUCAGCGGUAUCGGGUUCUUAGACUUGCCCCCAGGCGUCGCGUUCGGCCCAACUCCCGUGAAAGUAAAACGCGAGAAAACGAUUCUUAUUCGAAACACGGGGACCAAGGCCAUGGUGUUUACGAUCCACACGUCCCGCCCAUUUUCCGCCGUCUCGACUCGUUGCUUCCUCGGCGUCGGCGAUUCGACGCAGGUGACUUUCUCCCUCGAGCCUCUCCGAGUCGGCUGGUACUCGUCUGUUGCGACUCUGCGCACAACCGAGGGUCUCGAGUUUUCCACAGACCUCACAGGCCAGGGGAUCAACGCCGACGUGAAGCUCUCGUCUGUGGUUCUGAAAAUGGAGAACACUUCUGUCGCACUGCUGAACGAGAAGACUGUGUACCUCCAUAACAACUCCGAUGAUCACCUCGAUUUCUCGUGGAGCCUCCUGCCGGAGUCCUCGGAGUCCAACCAGGGAUCGCGUGCCGUUUCGCCUAGGAAAAGCGGACCCUGUGAAGAGAAGAAUCUCCUCAAAGCGACAAGCUCGGAUCCGGGAGGAACGUGGCAAGACUGCCCCAUAUUUCAGAUUGUGCCCGCCGCGGGAAGAGUCUGGGCAAACACGUCACUGGCCGUAACAGUCACGUUUCGGCCCGUGCUCGCCGCGCGGUACAGGGGGACUGCAAGAUGUGCCGUUGCGGGAAGAGAAACGCCCCUCUUGCUUGAGGUGGAAGGAACUGGGACUGGGCCGAAGGCGCAGUUUCUGGAGACCGACAUGGAUCUAGGUCGGAUUGUGGUCAAUACUGAAACAUCAACGGAAAACGAAUUGGUGAACCAGGGAGACAUCGGCGCGACCUUUUCCCUCAGGAAAGCGUCGUCGCCCGCGCAGAACUUGUUCACAUUCACCCCUGAGGAAGGCCACCUGGCUGUUGGCGAGACGGUGAAAAUCAAAAUUCGUUUUCGAGCGCACGCCCUCGGGGCAUUUGAGGAAACGUUUGACUGGUGUAUUAACGACUUGCCCCGCCCUUUACAAACAACCUACAGGGGAGAAGUUUUGCCUCCAGCGCUGACCUUCGACGUGGACGCCGUCGACUUUGGACGGCUCUCUCUUGGUUUUCCGGAGACGCGACGCGUGACUCUGAAAAACGCUUCUUGUGCCUCGCAGCCGUUUGUCCUUCGCCUCGAAGCCCCAAAGCGGGACCCCGACGCCGAGGCCGAAGAGACGCCUCUGGAUCCAAACGAAUUUGAGAUAUCUCCGGUCACGGGUGUGCUGGACGCGAGAGGCUCGCGCGAGAUCUCUCUCGUGCUCACCCCGUCCCAGGCAAAAAGGUACGCCGCGAGUCUAGUUGUCGACUUGGGUUCCCUCACGCCGCACUUGCUUUCCGUGCCCGUGAAGGCAACCUGUGAGCUGCCGACGGUGAAGUUCGAACCAGACGAUGUUCUCCAGUUCGGCGAGGUUUUCGUGGGGCAUCCCUACACGCAGAAGAUUCUGAUUCACAACUCCUCGACCUUGCCUGCGAGGUACGAAGUCGCUGUCCAGGCUAUCGAGGCAGGCCAGGUGACUCUCGAUGUUGAAGACGCUGCAGGAGCAAUUGACGCCUUCGAAAUGCGGAGUGUUUCUGUUCACCUCUGCGCAAAGAAAACGGGGCACGUUGCCGCCUCUUUGAAGCUGUUCGUUGCGGGCGCCAACGAGACAACCUGGCUGAGGCUGCGAGCGACGGCGUGCGGGCCGCGCGUGCGGGCGGAACCGAGGGAACUUGACUGGGGAAAGGUGACCUGUCUCGAGGAGGCACCCCGGUUCGUGAAGGUGACAAACGCGUGCCCCAUUGCGGCCGAGGUAACAUGCAGUCUGCGGGGAAAAGACGGAUGCUUCAGGUUGAAGUGCCAAGUCCUCACCGUAGCCCCUGGGAGCAGCGAGAUGCUCGAAGUGAUCGGCGCCUUUCCAGAACCUGUGCAGGCGCAAGAGCUCCUGGUUCUCUCUGUUGCCGACGGCGCAGAAAUUCCCGUCGUUCUUCGCGGCCUGGGGACUCAGACGCCCGUGGUCUUUUCUCGCGAUCUUUCCUUGGUUGACUUCGGAAUGCUUUACACGGGGCAACUCAAGACCUUCAGCUUCACAGUGGAAAAUCGAGGGCGACGCGCUCGGAAACUGUCUUGGCUGGAUGCACGCAGAGCCGAGAAACAAUUGCACCCCAAGGAAGACGCCUUCACCGUGUGGCCGGAGACCGUCGUACUGGAGCCCAAUGCCUCGGCGGCCUUCGAGUACCGAGCCUUAAGUCAGUCGCCGGGGCAUCUCUCGCAUGCGCUGGUGUGUACGGAGCUCUCGGGAUUCGGAACAAAGUCGGUUCCAGUUUUGAAAACUACGGCAGAAGCGCACUUUUUCGUUCCGUCGGUGUCCUUCUCUUCCAACGCUGUUUCCUUCCGUUACGUUUGGAAGGAAGGAGUCUCCGUAGACCACAUGACACAGGAAAUUCUCUGCAGCAAUGAAACGCCGCUGGCAGCUGCAUGCGCCUUCAAAGCUCCAGCCCCCUUCUCAGUGUCGCCGAGCAAAUUGAGGCUGAGAGGGAAGUCGACGAGCACUUUGACGGUCAGUUUCGAUCCGCGAUUCAAUGGGCGCGUCUGCUCCAAACUAAAGGAGAAGCUGGACGUGACUUACGAGGGGCAUUCAAAAACAGAGACUGUGGAGCUCCGGGCCGAGGUUGUGUACCCCGCAGUUGAAAUCGACACAAAGGAAGUGGAUUUCGGCUGCAUUUUCAACGAGACGAGUCGCCGCCUCCCCAUCACCCUGAAGAAUCCAACAGAAUUGCCAGUGGUGUAUCACUGGUACUUGACCCAGCAAUACGAUUUCCGCUAUGCGUCUGGCGACAACGACGUGCCUCUCGCCCUCGUGAAUACCGCCCCACCUCCCCCGAUCAACAAAGUCUUCGAUUUCCUCCCCUUCACUGGGUCCAUCGAGCCUGGAGAAACAGAGACGAUUUGUGCGACAUUCUUCGGCGUGCCGGAUGUUCGCGUAACAGCCACAGCUCUCUGCGUCAUCGAGAACGGCCCCGAAUUUUGUCUCAGUCUCCGAGGCCAAGCUUCUCUUCCGACCUUCCGCGUGACCCCGAGCGAAUUCGACUUCGGAGAAGUUCCCUACAGCCGCGUCGCCGAGAGCGAGUUGACGAUUCACAACACCGGUCUCGUCGACUUCCAGUUCUUCGUGGAUCUCUCCAAACUUGCCUUCCCCUGGCUGGUGGACGUGAGCAAAAAGGCCGGGAAGGUGCCCUCUAGAAACAAGCAAAAAGUGGUAAUUCGCGUCCGACCAGGCAUGCCAAUGGAGUUUCACCAGACGAUUUUCCUCGAGAUCGGACACUUUGAGUCAGUGCCGAUUUUCAUUCGCGGCGUGGGCACGUUUCCCAGUAUCUCCCUCAACCUGCCGAGAAGAGACGACGCAUCCCACCAGUCCCGAAAAGCGGAAAUGAUGCAGAAACUCUCCACCGCUGAGCCAGGCGAGUCGCGCCAGGGCGCCCUCGACGGGGACGACGCGAAGGCCGCGCGGCCUCGACGGGCCGUGCUAUCCCUGGAAGAACGAGCUGAGCGGGAGGUGGACCGUCUGAACGUUUGCGAGAAUAUUCAGUCUCAGUAUCUCUCCCUGCUGGUCCCCAGCCUCGCCACUGAGAACGGAAAGAAGAGUGAAAGUCGUGCGGCAGACUCCGGCGCCUUGCCUGAGAGGCAGGCCUCGAAUCUCUCCUUCUCAACGGCGAGCGGGGAGGCCUUGGCGACGAAGGCGAAGACGCUUCUCGAGGGCGUGCGCGUGACAGCGGCGCAGUACGUCUACGAUUUUGGAAACAUCGUCGUCGGCCAGAACAGAAGGAAGGCCAUUCGCAUCACGAAUCGCUCUUCUGCGCCCAUCUCGUUGCGCACCAACAAACGCGCCAUGGCGAGUCUGCGCUUCAGCGUCGAACCCGAAAUCAUUCAUCGCCUCGUCCCUGGCGAAGAAGCGACUCUGACUGUGUCAACAGCCAGCGACAAAGAGGGCUCUGUUUCCGGCGUCCUCCAGCUCCAGUCCGCAGAGGGGACUCUCUAUACGGUGCAUCUGCGGGCCUCCUUUGUCGUUCCAGAUCUGACCAUUUCGACAGACAAGGUCGACUUUGGAACAGUCAAGCGAGACCAGAGGAAAACCGUUUUUGUUCGCUUCAAAAACACGGUAGCAGUACCGGUCGCCUGGCGGCUACGCGACAGAAUCGACAAACGGAAACCGCCCGAAAGUGGCCAGGCCUUUGGCGUCGAUCCCACGCAAGGAACCCUCAACCCAGGGGAGUUUGUGGACGUGAAGCUCUUCUAUUACGCAGCUGCCUGUGAGCAGGAAGCGACGACGAAGCUGUUUCUUCAGUUGGAGGACAACCCGAAGUGGAGGAGCAUUUUUCUGCGGGGCCGCACGCAAGUGACGCUGCUGCGCGUCUCGCCGUCGGGUGUCCUGGAGUUUGACAGCUGCCUCCCGCUUCAGCCGGCAAAGAGAGAAAUCUCAAUCGCGAAUCUCGGCUCCACGCCCUGUGAGGUCUGCGCAGUCGACUUUGACGAGCAACACCAAAUCUUUGAACAGGCGCUGAGAGACUACCCGGACUUCGACGCGAGCGGCGUCGCUUUCCUCCCCGUCCGGAAGCCUGGAAAGCCUUUCUGGCGGCGGGUGCUGCGCCGAGCCCUACACCACGAGCCUGCCUCUGGGCUGCUGCAAACAGAGGCGACUGAGGUCGCCGCCGAGGACGCGGACUCUUCUCUCCACGAGACGGAGAAGCGUGAAGACCCAGAACCCAGUGGUCUUGCUGGAGUGCCUGACGCUGUGCAUGUGGCGAUGGCUUCCCACGGCAACGUGAAUUCGACAGCUCCUCAAACGAAACCUUUCGGGGCCUCCAGUCACGGCGCAAGUCCUCACAGCCUCUCGCCCGGCCUGGGCCUGGCGACGCUGCAGAGGCUGCCGACAGAAGCGACUCUCUGCGAGAUUCUCGAACCCGACAACCUGCCGUGGAGCGAGAGCGAGUCGGAGAAGGAAGAGGAGACCUUUCCGUAUCGGGUCCCAACGGAGAAGCGAGUCAACGCGCUUGUGCUGGGCCCCGCUGGGGUGGGGAAAUCCUCAGUUGCGCAGUUCCUGGCGAAGACAAGUCGGCGGAAAUGCUUGACGGUCGACGCCUGCCUCGACUGGCUCGUGGCGGAGGAGCGACAGAAGUUUCGGAAGUUGAGGGACGACGAGGCGUUUUGCGCGCUCGCGGCGAAAGUGAGGAAGGCGAUGGCGAGUCGGGAUGCCGAACCCGAGCAGCUGCCGAAGAAGGGCAACAAGGCGAGGAAGAUCGAGGCGAGAACGCACCCGGAGACGCGCGCGUCGGUCCCUGCCGAACUGCUGGUCUCCUGUCUCCGCUACCGGACGGCGAUGCCCGACUGCUUUGCGGGGACAGUGUUUGACGGCUGUCUCUCGUCGCUUGUGAACGCGGAGCCGACAGUUCUUGCGCAGUGUAUUGCCGAAGCCCUUGAGCCGGAGCAGCUCGUCGUGAUGUCCAUCAGAUUUGGUGAGCCAGACGACGUCGAAGACGCGGCGGGGCCGCCGGAAACGCUGAACGAGGCAACCGUCGCCUGUGGAGUCCAGUUUUACAAGAACUUGUCGUCGGCGCUUCAAGCGCAAGAGAAACGUUUGCAAGAUCAAUGGGACGCGCACGCGGCAGAGGGCCCGGGGCGCUGCGUCGACGCUGGCCGCCGACGGCCGGGGCAAGCAGCUGAAAGCGGCGCGACCCCAGAUUCCCACGACGCGCCUUCCUGUUCCUCGUGGGGUGUCCCCGAGACGGGUGCGGCUCCAGCAGGCGUCAAAGAGCGAGGCAACGGUGCGGCGGGAAACGCGCCGUUCAGCGAGGUCGACGUUGACGAUCUGAGACGCGAGUUGGCCAGUGUCCAGACACUGCGCCAGAAACUUGAAGCAGUCGCGCCUGCCAAGGCUGCCCAGCUGUUUGUUGCAGAACAAAUCGCCCUCGCGGAGAAGGUGGAGAAGGCAGUCCUCGCUCCCGCGUCUUUUUCGCACUUCGUCUUGACGGAGCAAGCCUCCCGCGACUCGGCGCUUGAGAACGAAGCCGCGCAGUCCUUUCUGCCGUCUUCUCCGGUCGCACAGGCUACGAGUGAGGCCCAAGUCCGUUCCUCUGACAAACACUCCUUCUCUCGACCUCGUCCGUCCCCUCCGCCUCCCUCGUCUUCAGCUUCUUCCUCGGCUCCAUCUUCUUCUUCCUCAUGUUCCUCUUCCUCGUCGCCAGUUGGGAUGAACGUUCCACGUGGCGGGGCGGGCCGUCGGUAUCCUCCUGCUUCUUCGCCUGCUCGCCCUCGUGAAGGGUCAGGCGCGGUCGCCCCGUCGCUCGCCAACCCUAGUGCCUCAACUGCGUCCGCCCCGCUCGCCUCAGCUCCAACUUCUCAGCGCUCCCUCGUCAGCUUGUUCGUCAACUCCCUGACGUCGCUCGCCGACCUGCAGGCCGAGGCCCAGCGGAAUCUUCUGGCCCCCGCCAUCCCAGCCGAGCCGCCGAUUCCCGCGCCGGAAGUCCACGAAAUCGCUCGGAGACCCCAGCCAGCCUCUGGUGCCUCGGGCGCCGUCUGGCCGGUCUUGGCGGGAGGAUCGGCGACGUCUCCGAGUGCUCCGCACAAGCGAACGCCCCCCGUGCACUUCUCGCUCUUCGUGCCCGCAGCCUCAGGCGCAGACGAGAGCGCCGGCGUGCCUGGCCAGGCCGUCUCUGCAUCUCCAGAGGACGAGACUCGAGGCCAGAAAGUCGCCGCGAAGAAGGCGAAAGACGCGGCAUACCCCCGGCGAACCCGAGGCGAGAAGAUGGAAGACGAGUCCGCCUCAGCGAAGAGUCUGGGAAGCGAGCCGGGGUAUGUGCGCGCGACGCGCUGGAUUCUCGCGCCGCAGGAAGAGCAGAAAGUGCUUGUCAAAUUCUGUGUGGACCAGACCGGCGUGUACGAGUCGUCUCUCGCCUUCAGCGUCGUCGGCGACAGCCACGCUCUGACGCACGUCGGCCUUCGGGCCACAUGCAGUCUGCCGAAACUCUCGGCGAAUCCAAACCACCUCUUUCGAGAGGUUCUUCGGAGCAGACCGACUGACAAGUCAAGUCUGGCAAAAAAGCAGUUCAUUGUCAGCGAGGGCGUCUACGACUUUGGACCGCUUCUCCUGGGUCACCAGUUCUCCAGCGCGAGGGCGCUCUACGCGAAACUCGGCGACGGCGAGGGCGUCGAGGCAGUGAAGGUUCCCGGCGACCUCCAAAAGUAUCAGGAUUCCAUUACUCUUUGCAACGUUUCGCCCUUUGAGACGACAGUCCGGUGUACGCUUCAGAGCUCUGGAACUGUCCCCGAGACCGGGUCAGUUGGGGGCUUUCCAGGAGACCAGACGAGCAGGAAGAAGGGCCCGAACAAGGCUGCAAGCGUCCGUGAGAAUCCGUUUCUCGUCUAUCCGUCUGAGGUUUGCCUCGGCAGCAACGGUUCCCGCGAGGUACAUGUUUGGUGUUUUCCCAAAACCGAAGGCGAAGUGCGCGACGUCCUCGUUUUCUGGAUCAAAGACAACCCGAUCCCCGUCGAGAUUCCACUCGUCGCGCGUGGCGCCGUGCCCAGAGUCCUCGUGGACACUGACCACAUCCAGUUCGGCAGGGUUCUCGUCGGGCAGACUGUGAACAACCGUUUGGUUCCAGGUUUGUGUUUCUCGCCUCCUCACGCGCUCUGUCUCUUUUCCUCUGUUCGUCUCACCCCUUGCGUCUGGAGAGCCGUCACUCUGAAGAACGUGUCGCCGCUUCCGGCGAGGUGGACCGUGCUGAAUCUCGACUCGCUUCAAAAGCUCUUGAAAGUUGGCCCUGAGACUGAGGGGACUCUCGAGGCCUUCGGGGAAUGCCAACUUUUCAUCUCUUUUUCGCCCGCGCAAAAAUCCGCGAAUCUUCAAACGCGCGUGUCGAUCCGCAUCGCCGACGUCGAAGGCAUGGGCAUAGCCCAAGAAACGAAAACCCUUGCAGUGGAUGCCGACGCGUAUUUCAUUGACGUGGCAACGGACUUCGGAGGCAAGGGAAAAGUCGUCGACAUCGGAAAUGUGCGCGUGGGCGAGACGGCUGAGCUUCCUCUCAGCAUCACCAACAAAGGAAAAUUCCCCGUCAAAUAUGCGUUCAGGGUGAAGUCCAAGGCCGUGCGCGGCGUCCUCGCUUUCCACGGGCCAACGGAGGAGUUGAAGCCCGCUGAGCAUCGGCGCCUGUCGCUGCGGUGCACUCCGCAGAGGGAAAUGAACCUCUGUGAGGCAGAGGAAAUCUUCCUCGAUCUGCAAGAUGCCGAAAGCGGAACCUUCCUCGAGCCGCCCUUGCCGCCUUUCCUUCUCUCCUUGCAUGCGGACUUCAACUACGUGUGUCUAGUCCCCGCACGCGGAAUCAACUUCGGCCCGACCGAAAGUGGCAAAACGCACUCUCUGCAAUUUGAAAUCCGGAACGACGGCCGGUUUCCCUUUGACUGGCUGCUGCACGACUCCGACCAGCUGUCUAGCCUGUCUUCGCCAUCGCCUGAGAGUGCUGCGAAGGCGCUGACCGACGCCGAGUCUCCAACCGCUCCUGUUUCUUCGAAGGAGACACGGGCGAACAAGGCAGGCGAAAGGGGCGAACGAGGAGGGGCGAGUGCGGGCGGAGGCGCCAAGCCGGGGACAGCAGGAAAGGCCAAGAGUGCCCAGGGGAAUCGCGGGCAAAUAAAUGCCUUUGGCCAGUUCGGCGCCUUCCGCAUUGCCCCCGUCAAAGGCCAGUUGGACCCUGGAAGCAAAGUUACUGUCGAGGCGCAAUACAACGCACAGGGCGACGCAAACCACUCUCUCAAACUUGCUUUGCUGCCCCACGACGGUGCCUCUGGAUCUGGCCGGUCUCGAACCUGCGUUCAGGUUCAAGGUGCGAAGGUGGAGCGAGGAGACGAAAUCGUUAUAAGCAGUCUCGGGAGUCUCGGCAGUGUGGGUGUCGACGGAUCAGAGGCGGCGGCGGUGGACGCGAAAAAUGAGAAAGGCUCUCGCGAGACAGCCAGUCCCUCGGGAACGCCCAUACCUGCAGCGGAAUACAUUGUACAGGCGCAAAGCUGCGUGCCUGCCAUUAUCACCGAUCCAGACUGGGUCUUCGAGGAGCAGUUUCUCGUCUCCAACGCUGAAGAGGCAGCCGUCUGGGUCGGCCUCCGGCGCACGCCCAUGUACCUUCUGGAGGAAAAGUGUCUCUAUUUUGGCACUGUCAUUCCCAGUGGGGAAACGAACAAGGCGGGAGUCCAGGAACGACUCCGCAUCGGAAACCCCAAGUCAGUCCCGGCGACAGUCUCAUUCGAACUCAAGCUCGCCAAAGAAACUGACAAAAGCUCUGUGGCCUCGGACUUGGAGACCGUGUUCGAAGUUCAGCCCAAGCACGUCUCUCUCGGGCCUCACGAGACGAAGACGGUCACCCUUAGUUUCCAUCCCAAUGCGAUUCAACGCUACUGCGCCACUUUCAAGGCAUUCGUAAAUCGCGCCGGUGCGGAUGGGACGCAUGCGGCUCUUUCGUUCGAUGUCAAGGGCGAGGGGACUCUCCCCACAGUCUCGCUGGAGGUGGCCCCUCCCAUCGGGAUCGCCCCGUCCGAGCCUGCUUCCGGUCACCCAGGCGCAACCCCUUCAGCGUCAGCAAGUGUCCCAGGCGAAAAGAGCUUCGUUCCGUCCAUCGCCAUGGGCAGAGUCGCUGUGGGGACAACUGCAACUGCUGUCUGUGUCCUGAAGAACUACGGCACGAUCGCCGCGACAGCACGGUGCGAGUGCGCUGCAUCCGAGAGCAUUGUCGUGGAGCUUCCGCCAGCGGUAACUCUCGCCCCCAAUGAAACAAAAACAUUUGCGGUUCACCUCGUUGCCAAAACCCCGGGCGAGGUCGACGCCGCGUUCCGAAUCUACACCGUCUCUAACCCCUACGAAGAUGUGGUUUGCCGUGUGCGAGGGACUUGCCACAUUGAAGAGUGUCGGUGGACCACGUCGCCUCUUCUCGCAUCUGCCAUCUGCCUUCCCUCUGGUCUCCAAACGUCCUCGGGUCCGUCGAGCCCAACUAGCGGUGUCGGCGGCUCGGCUGCGGCCGCCGCUGGAGCCGGCGGAAGUAGCUCGGGGGCAGAGGCGGUCUCUCCUGAUGUGACCCUGUCUACUCGGAAGCCCCAGCGAGGAGCUGAGUCCGCGUCUGCUGUGGAUUUCGGCGAUGUUGCGCUGGACGAAACGGCCAGGAAGUCUUUGUUUCUCGAGAAUAAGACGGACAGCUUUAUGAAGUUUGAGAUCGCCUCGCCGCUUCCUCCGGAUGUCAGAAAGGUGCUUCAGCUUUCACCCACCACCGGCAUUUUACCGCCGCGAGGCGCCCAGGAAGUCACAGCCAUCUUUGCCUCCAAGGAGUCGGUAGGUGUCUCUUCUGUCCCCGUCUCCUGUCGGGCCUGGCGCCUCAAGGAGAUUGACCCCACAGCGGCUCCCACCAGUUCUAAGGCGAAGCCUCGAGCGAAAUCGUCCGCUUCGGAUCCAGAGCGCAUCGAAGAAAUCGAUGGACGUUUCUACCAAAUGGAGUCUGGAAAAGACGUCGAAUUGCCCCUCUUCAUUUCGGUACGAUGCGACUCCCGCCAGUGCGAGUUAGAGUGCAGGGACAUCGUGUUCGAAGACACCAUGCUGUUCAAGUCCAGGAAGGUCGUCUUCACUCUCACGAAUCCUGCGAAGGUGACGCUGCCUUUUGAGUUCCACUGGGAAGACAUGGACCGGCUGCUCGACAGUCCCUCCUUCUACGUUCUCUCGCCUCAGCGAGGGGUUGUGCCUCCUGCGUCAAAGAAUGUUGUGGAAAUCACCAGCGUGGGAAUCGGAGUGAAGAACACGAAGCGUUUCUUUGUCUUGAAUCCAACUUCGUCCGAUCUGGAGUUCGAGUGGCAUCGCCUCCCGGUUCCCUCUGAUUCGGCCCCGCGCCUGCCGAAGGCUGAGGCGAGGGGAGUUCUCGCCGCCGCAGGACCAGACCGCGGACAGAUUGCACCCUCUGGGGCCUCCCCGUCUGGACGCGCCACGUCUCUCAAAGGCCUGCCUGCUCAGUUCGAAGGGAUUCGAUGCGUGAAUCUGCGAGGCCGAAUUGCAGCUGGGAAACGAACGGAAGUCGUCGUCGAGUUCCUCCCCUUCCACCCGGACACCCGAGAAAGCUUCUGGAAGUUUUCCCUCCCCAGCAAAAAACUGGAGAAGCAGUUUCUCUUUGUCGGCCUCGUCAAAGAGCCGCAUGUGGCGCUCGACCGCUCUUCCGUAUGCUUCAGUCCGGUCCUUCUCGGGGGCAAAGUCGACGAAGUCGUCAACAUCCACAAUCGCGAAGACAUUCCUCUCUCGUUUGUCUUCGCCCGCAAGCAGCUGGACUCCGAGCGCAGCCCUCUGCCGCCGUGCCUCGUUGUCUCGCCGGCGAACGGGAUUCUUCCGCCGAAUUCCGUGACGCCUGUGCGCCUCAGCUUCACGCCUGAAGACGAGAAGCCUUUCAACUGCAAUCUUCUCUGUCGAGUCCGACAAAAAUCUCGCGCCCUCGCGCUGAAUGUCAAAGGAGCCGGAUACUCCGUCAAGCACAGCAUGAUUCUCUUAAAUGAAGAUGGAAGCAUCCGGGAGCUUGCGCCCGGCACACAGACUGCAUCUGUGCUCGACUUUGGGCCUCUGCUGAUUGGGCAGAGCCGCCGCCACGUUCUUCAGCUUCAGAAUGCAGGCACCUUCGACUUCAGCUUCCACUGGACCGUUCAGAGCGUGAGUGGUGCAUCCUUUUCCCCGAGUCUCUCUCUCUCCCCCAAAAAUGGAGUGGUCGAGAAGGGGAAAAACUUCGAGGUUAUUCUGACGUAUGCCCCCACGGAGAUCAGCAAGCACGAAGAGCACCUUCUGCAGUGCACCAUCAGCGGCGGCGACCCUUACCGGAUUCGCGCUCACGGGUCGUGCUCGUCUCCCAGAGUCGCCUUUUCCUUUUCGAGUUACGAUUUCGGCACCUUUAUUCUUCCGCCUUCUCUCCCAGCAAGUCAGGACGUCUCGCCGCUUUCGAUAGGACACCACAUCGGCGGUGCCAUCAUCGACCGCGUGGAGCUGAAAAUCACAAACUUGGAUACACUCCACGACUGCUUCAUCUCCACGCCGUUCGAACAAAGCAACGUUCUCGACGUCCAACUCGUCCCCUGCAGCAUCGGCCCAGGAGAAAAGAUUUCCGUCCCAGUCGUCUUCACUCCGAAACAGCCCAAAAACUACAAAUUCAAAAUCCCCUUCUCCAUCAACGAUCGGACUACCGCAUACGUCACCGUCUCCGGCAAAGGCAUCCUCGCGAGGCUCGAGAUAGCUCCCACGCCCGACGAGAUUCGGUUUGCCCCCUUGAUAAAAGGCGAAUCCGCCGUCAAGCACGUGCGAAUUGUCAAUCGCUCCGAGGCCAGCCUGGAGUUUUACCUUCCGGCCUCCCCAAACUUGAGCUCUCGCGGGAUCAGCUGGAGGCCGCUGUCCUCCGAGGCGAAGGCCUUCUCGCUCCACCCUCGCCAAGAACUGCCUCUGGAAGUCUUCUUCAAACCCGCCUUCUCUAUCCCCGACUUCUCUCUCCCUCUGUUUGCCGAGUGUCUGGUGAAGAGAGGAGGACUGGAGUAUCGAUUUCCGGCUCUUCUCUGCCACGUUGCUGCCAAGUCCUUCGAAACGGAGGUUCGUUUGAGUCAGCCGUCUCUGUCCUUCGGACAGAUUGUGGUGAAUUCGUGGGCGACCCAAGUCGUCAAACUGACCAACAUCGGCGAGCUCUACAUGCAUUUUAAGUUCAAGAAUUCGACCAAGUUCGCUCGGCUCGUCUCGCUGUCUCCCUCGGAGGGCCUUCUGCAUCCCCACGCCGACGUCCCUAUCGAGGUCACCUUCCGGCCCACCGACGUGACAGAGAAAGAAGUCGUGAUUGACGACAUUGCGUGCUUCAUCAAAGCCUCGGCACCGUCGACUGGAGACCUCUCGUCUCUGCUCCUCACCGUCACAGGCCAAGGCGUUGCGCAACCCAUGGACUCUGUACAGACGCUCACGUUUUCCACGCCUGUCCGUACGCAGCAGACCAAGACUUUCCAGGUCAAAAAUCCGAAGAAGUAUGACUGGAGCAUCACGCCGCUCGUCUCAGGAGAGAGUCCGAAAGACGCCAUGUACUUCUUCUGCUCGCCCAGCGGAAGAAUCACGAUUCCUGCGAACCAAAAACUCACCUUCCAAAUCACGUACAAACCGCUGACCAUGACCCGUGAGGCGAAGCCGGAGACGCGGGGCGACGGGCUGGGAAGUGCAGAGGAGGCUGCAGGACCGAAGAAGAAAGACGAAAAAGAAAAGGGUGAAGGCCCUUUUGGCGUCUGUACAUCUGGAAAGGACGUGCACCCCAAGGCUGCGGGCCACCCUCAUGCGCAUCUAGCCCCGUUCCAUGCCGCCUCAGUUUUCGUUCCUCUCCCGGACGGCGAAGCCGCCACAUGCAGAUUUGUCGGCUACGCAACUGAGCCAACCGUGGAGCAAGUUGUGGACGCUGCAGUCCUGUGUAGAUCGAAGCACCUUCAGCUGAUUAAAAUUCGGAACUGGUUACCAGUCAAGCAGAACUUUGACGUCGCGUACACCGUCACGCAGUGUACAGGUGAUUCACUGCCUCAGAUCCAGGCCCCAGCGCGGUUCGACUUGCCUCCGUCGCAGGCCCGCGACUAUCGCUUUUUCGCCUUGGCUUUCAAACCGUGCACAGCUGCGAUCCAGUUCCGGUUUUCGAGCCGCGAAAAGGCCGAUUUCUACCUCGCCGAGGCGCGGCUGACGUUCACAGACCCAGAGACGAUGGGCACGAUCGCCCUCGAGACGUCGGUUCGUCGGCUCGCCAAGUCGAAGCUGGCGAUCGACAAUCCCUCGACGAAGCAGGCGGUGUUUCAGUGUCACAGCAACGUGCCCGACGUCUUCUUUUCGCCCUCCCCGCUGGAGGUCCUCCCGGGGGCGACCGGCGAGCUGGAAGUGUGGCUGCGCCCGAACCUCGCGGGCGCGGGCGAGGGCGCAGUUGUCCUCACCAGCGACGAGUUGGGAACCUACAAAUUCCUGCUGAAAUACUCGGUGGCCCCGGCUGAAAUCGACACGCACGCAGCCUUCCACGCACCGCUGGGGAAGGACGUGACACAGACGCUUCGCUUCCGCCACUAUGCGAAGAAAUCGACGACGUACCAGGCGACCAUCGACUCACCGCCCGAGGAGGCGCGAACCGCCUCUCGCAGCAAAACGAGCGCGAACGUGGAGAACUUUUCGCUGGAGAGCAAAAGCGUCGUUGCCCCUGCGGACCUGGAGAACACGGGCACUGAGCUUCCCGUCACUGUACGCUUCACGCCGUCCAGACUCGCCGAAGUCAAGGCGACGCUCGUGCUGAGGAGUUCCGAAGGAUUCGAAUAUAAGGCUCUCCUCGUCGGCCGAGGGCAACCGCCUCAACCCCAAGGCCCGUUUCGACUGGGGAAGGGAAAGGCCAUCAAUAUCGACUUCAAGAAUCCCUUUGAGACGCAAACUGAAUUCAGUCUCCAAGUCGACCGCCCGUGCUUCUCCGUGGAGAAGAAGACGUUGAAACUGGAAGCAAGAAAGGCCACGACAAUCAGCGUUAUGGUCAAACCCGACGCGCGCGAGGCAGGCCGUCUCAUCGUCACAGCGGACGGGAUUCCGCCUUGGAUUUUCUACCUCAAAUCCGACUAG